AUGGAGAUGCUCCAGGGGCUGCUGUUGUGGCUGCUGCUGAGCGCGGGUGGGGUGCAGGCAUCCAAGGAGCCACUGCGGCCGCUGUGCCGGCCCAUCAACGCCACCCUGGCUGCCGAGAAAGAAGCCUGCCCGGUCUGCAUCACCUUCACCACCAGCAUCUGUGCUGGCUACUGCCCCAGCAUGGUGCGGGUGCUGCCAGCCCUCCUGCCGCCCGUGCCCCAGCCUGUGUGCACCUACCACGAGCUCAGGUUCGCCUCUGUCCGGCUCCCCGGCUGCCCACGCGGCGUGGACCCAAUGGUCUCCUUCCCUGUGGCCCUCAGCUGUCGCUGUGGGCCCUGCCGCCUCAGCAGCUCCGACUGUGGGGGUCCCAGACCCCAACCCUUGGCCUGUGACCACCCCACCCUCCCAGACCUCGUCUUUCUCUGA